AUGUACAUUGUAUGUCAUUUUGAAACCACAGUUAUGAAACAGCUGACAUCAGCAUACAUAUCAAAGAUGGUGUAUGUUGCAGUGUUUUUACUCUCCCUGCUGGCCCACCAGUCCUCUGCACUCUACCCCCACCAGCAGAGGAGUUUUCUAGGGAGAGGGCUUCCACUAAACUUACAGGCGCAGGCUGGGGUCUCUGAUCCCCCCUACACUGUGGGCCAUGUGACUCAGAAAGUGGAUCACUUCAACACUGGGGACACAAGGACAUUUUCUCAACGUUACUUGGUCCUUGAUGAGUACUGGGAUAAGGAAGGCCCCCUCUUUGUGUACACUGGUAAUGAAGGAGACAUUGUGUGGUUCUUUCAAAACUCUGGUUUUGUGGUGGAGGAUCUCUCUCAGCACUUCAAUGCCCUGAUCAUAUUCAUAGAGCAUCGUUACUAUGGCCAAUCGCUACCGUUUGGAGCAGACUCGUAUAAAGACGCCCAACAUUUGCAGUAUCUCAACUCACAACAAGCUCUCGCCGAUUUUGCCUCUGCCAUUACUGAACUCAAGACGCUGUACAAUACAUCAAAUCCAGCAAUAGCGGUGGGAGGCUCUUAUGGAGGUAUGCUAUCGGCGUGGUUGAGGAUGACACAUCCUGAAGUCGUGAUCGGGUCGUAUGCAGCCUCUGCUCCCAUCUGGUGGUUCUCAAACCUCACUCCGUGCAAUAGUGCCUAUCAGACCAUCACAAACGACUUCAAUGUUCUCCUGCCCAAGAAAUGCAGUGAUAUUGUUAGGAGUGUGUGGAGCGAAAUCUCAAAUAUUUCAAAACGAGAGAAUGGCCUGUCUACUUUAACCCAAGCCUUCCAUCUUUGCUCACCCCUCAAGAGCAUGGACGAUGUGGGCUCUCUAAUGGACUGGCUGGAGAACUCGUGGUUCAAUCUUGCAAUGGUUGACUAUCCGUAUGCUGCUAGCUUCCUAGAGCCUCUUCCACCAUGGCCUAUCAACGUAACCUGUAUGGUCAUCUACGGACAGUUAAUGAAAACUAGAAAUGUCAUAGAUGCAAUCGCAGCUGGAGUGAAUAUCUACUACAACUCGAGUGGUCAAGCAAAGUGUUUAAACAUCUCGCAGUCGGCCACUUCCAAACUUGGAUCAGCAGGAUGGGACUAUCAGGCGUGCACAGAGAUGGUGAUGCCCAUGUGCUCCGAUGGUGUAACUGACAUGUUUCGAGAGCACAAGUGGGACCUAGCACAGUACGAAGAAGGAUGCAUGAAGCAGUUUGGGGUCAAGCCGCAGCCAGACCUCGUCUUGAAGCUCUAUGGAGGGAAGGACAUUGCUAACCACAGCAACAUCAUAUUCAGUAAUGGACUGCUGGACCCUUGGUCUGGUGGAGGAGUGUUGCACAGUGUCUCUGACACUCUGAAGGCUAUCGUACUAACAAAGGGGGCCCACCAUCUUGACUUGAGAGCUUCACAGCCUGACGACCCUACUGAGCUGACGCAAGUCAGAAAGAUGGAGAUGGAUAUCAUGGCAGGGUGGAUUGAGGAGCAUUCUCGCACAUUGUGACUGUAGAAUAUAGAAUCUACUUUUAUUUUUGUUGAAUUGUCUAUCUCAAUUAAUUUAUGCAUAAAUUAUAACCAA